GCGCAUCGGAGCCGCUCUCUGCAGAGCCAGAGGGCGGGUGGGCUUCCCGGUGUGCGCCUAAGAGAAUGGAUCGUAGGUCCCGGGCUCAGCAGUGGCGCCGAGCUCGCCACAACUACAACGAUCUGUGCCCACCUAUCGGCCGCCGGGCAGCCACCGCGCUCCUCUGGCUCUCCUGCUCCAUCGCGCUCCUCCGCGCCCUUGCCACCUCCAACGCCCGCGCCCAGCAGCGCGCGGCCGCCCAGCAGCGCCGGAGCUUCCUUAACGCCCACCACCGCUCUGCCGCCCAGGCGUUCCCCGAGCCCCCCGAAUCUGACCACGAGCACGAGGAGGCAGACCUCGAGCUGUCCCUCCCCGAGUGCCUAGAGUACGAGGAAGAGUUUGACUACGAAUCCGAGAGCGAGACGGAGACCGAGUCUGAAAUCGAAUCCGAGACCGACUUCGAGACCGAGCCUGAGACCGCCCCCGCCACUGAGCCCGAGACCGAGCCCGAGGACGAGCGCGGCCCCGUGGUGCCCAAGCACACCACCUUCGGCCAAUCUCUCACCGAGCGUCUGCACGCUCUGAGAUUGCGGAGCCCCGACGCCUCCCCGAGUCGCGCGCAGCCCAGCACUCAGGAGCCCCAGAACCCCAGGCAGGGGGAGGAGCCCGAGCCCGAGCCCGAGGACAAGGAUCCGAGGGACCCCGAGGAGUCCGAGGAGCCAAAGGAGAAGAAGAAGCAGCAGCGCCGCUGCAAGCCGAAGAAGCCCACCCGCCGCGACCCAUCCCCGGAGUCCCCUUCCAAAAGGGGACCCAUCCCCAUCCGGCGUCACUAAUGGAGGACGCCGUCCAGAUUCUCCUUGUUUUCUUUGACUCAGGUUAGUUGCCCACCGCUAAACUGGGGAAGCCUGGGGUCGGUGUGGGAGCCCGCGGGAGGAGAGGAGGGAGAAGGAGAGGCAGGUUAGGAGGAAGGCGGGAAGA